AUGGUUAAUAAAUCAUCCAGAGUUGAACAAGCAAAUGUCGGUGAUUAUCUCUCCAUUUCAAAGCUUGCUUUAGAAAAGCACCACAUACUAUACGUGGAUGAGAUUUUUGCUGAAUUCAUCGUCAUCACCAUUCCACCACUCGAGCUUGUCCCAAAUUCAGUUCAAUUUGCUUCUCGAUCUAAGAAUCCAUUGGGAUCUUUAGACAGAGUCAAGGAUUUAACAAGCACUUACAACCAGGGCUUAAUGAAAUUGCAAUCAGAUAAGAUCCGAGUACUGGAUAUCGUUCCCUUUUGGUCAGACAUUGCAAGCAAUCCAAAAGAAUAUGGAUUCGCACACGUCAAAAAAGCGUGCCUAGGAGGAGGCAAAGUGUGCCCCAAUCCUGUGGCCUACAUGUAUUGGGAUUCUUUGCACCCCACAACCACAAUGCAUGAAAUCAUUGCAAAACAGGUGCAUGGGUAUCUAGAAAAGAUAGUGUAA